AAAAAGUUGAAGAAAGUGGGCUUUUAGGCUAUAAACAACAAACAAAUGAGGUUACCUUACAUUCCACGUUUCUUCCUCCCCAAAACACCACUAUUUAUGCCCUUCUUUUCCUCUCUUUUUUCCCUUCUCAAUCUCAACACAACAACCACCACCUUCACUUUCUCAUGUUUUCUAACUCUUAUCUCCCUCCAUUUCUUCUCUUUUUUUCAUACAUCACUAACACCUUUUCUCUUCUUUUCUCUUCAUUUUAUUGAGCUUUUAAGGUUGACCCUUGAAAUUAUGGAAAACGUUUCUGUUUUAUCAUGUAAAGAAGAUGAGAAGAUGGAUUUGCCUCCUGGAUUUCGAUUUCAUCCAACUGAUGAAGAGCUUAUAAGUCAUUAUUUAUACAAAAAGGUUAUUGAUUCUAAUUUCUCUGCAAGAGCAAUUGGUGAUGUAGACCUUAACAAGUCUGAACCUUGGGAUUUGCCAUGGAAAGCAAAAAUGGGAGAAAAGGAAUGGUACUUUUUCUGUGUGAGAGACAGAAAAUACCCAACAGGGUUGAGGACAAAUAGAGCAACAGAAGCAGGGUAUUGGAAAGCUACUGGGAAAGAUAAAGAGAUUUUCAGAGGGAAAUCGUUGGUUGGAAUGAAGAAAACUCUUGUUUUUUACAAAGGAAGAGCACCUAAAGGAGAGAAAAGUAAUUGGGUUAUGCAUGAAUAUAGACUUGAGGGUAAAUUCUCUGUUCACAAUCUUCCUAAAGCUGCAAAGAAUGAGUGGGUUAUUUGUAGGGUGUUUCAGAAGAGUUCAGCUGGCAAAAAAACACAUAUUUCUGGGAUAAUGAGGUUGGACACUCUUGGUAACGAUUUGGGUUCUUCUGUUUUACCACCCCUUACUGAUUCAUCUCAUUCUAUUGGGAAAAUCAAACAAUUGAAUGAUUCAGCUUACGUGCCCUGCUUCUCCAAUUCAAUUGAUGUUCAAAGAAACCAAGGAGGGAUCUUUGAUUCUUUCACCAACAACAACUCAAUUUAUGGUGUUUCUUCAAAUCCACUAAUAUCAACUUCUUCAAAUCCACUAUACUCUAAUAAUAAUCAAGUUGGGUGUAAUUUGCAAUUUCCUAGUUCUGUUUGUGGUAUGCAGGACCAAGCAAUCCUAAGAGCUUUGUAUGAAAACAAUGGUUUCAAAAGUGAGAGACAGCAAAUUGUGAGUGUCUCUAAGGAAACGGAUUUAACUACUGAUAUGAACGCUGAAACAUCUUCUGUUGUGUCAAAUUUUGAUAUGAGUAGAAGGGCUUUUGAGAAUAAUCACCAUCGUCCACCACCUGCUGCAGUUGAUUUGGAUGGUACUUUGUGGAAUUACUAAGAACUUUUCUGAUAAGAUGAGAAGAAAAAAAAAAGGAACAAUGAUACUCUGAUGAGAUCAGGUGCAUUAAAGCAUAUUCACACCUGAAGAAAGAAGCAAAUUAAUUGAUGGUGUUGUGUUUAUUUGUAUAGAUUUUAUUAUCUAAAAAAUGUUAUAAUGAAGCAUAUGUUAUGGUAUGUUAUUAUGUAGUGAAAUUAAGGUGAUUUUUGUGGUUUGAUAAUAGUACUAUAGGCUUGUGCCUAGCAUCAGAAUAAUUAUUAUUAAUUUUUGUCAGCUUGGAUUUUAAAAAAAUAUUAAGUAUUUUAGCUUGUUGAUCUUGCUUUUCUGGAUUUGUAAUUUUGUAUGUAUAUAUUCUAUACUUCAGCAGCUAAUGCUAAGAUUGUGACAUUGAUUUAGAAUGUGGGGACUAUGUAUUAUUACA